AUGGGCUUCGAUACAUCUGAUGUUGCGGACAACAUCUCCCGAAUCUGCUACAUGCUCACCGUCUUCUUCAACUCUUCGCUCAUUUAUCUGACCGUUUACUGUACCAAACAGAUUGUUGGCACUUACCGAAACAUGAUCGUCACCUUCGCGACAUUCGGAAUCUCUUUCUCCUCUCUCGACAUCCUGGUCAGACCGUUAUUUCACUCUUUCAAUGGUUGUUUCUUGUUUUUCACGCUGGGCAGCAGCUUCAGAAGUUCCAAGGUAGCAGCUGAGUAUGCUUUGUGUACGAUUAUAUCGAGGUACAUAGAAACAAAGAAGUUUAUUUAGUGGCAUACGCGUCCGCCUACGCUGUAGUUUUGGCAUUCUUGACGGUUCAGUUCAUGUACCGGGCAUGCGUUUUGGCCAGGUAAGCACAGAUAUCCAAUGCUCAACGUACCCCAAAAACGGUUACAGACCCCAAUGGACAAAGCACUUUGACGGCUGGAAACUGAUAUUGUGGAUCGGCUACGCACUCCUAUUCGGUCUUCUCUGGUUCUCCGCUUCUAUUAUCGUGUAUCCGGACGAGAUAUCGUACAACUACGUCAGAAACGAAAUGAUGAGGUCUUAUAGAGUGGAGAUCAAGAAUGUUCCGUGCUUCUUGGUACUCGCUUUUGUGAGUUCUUCCCUAUUGUCUUUCGUAAUCUCUGUUCGAAAACGUUUAGAAUGAGGAAAACAAUCGAAAAGAGAUUCGUUGGAACAGUGUUUUCACGAUUGGCACGGUGACUGGAAUCAUCAGCGUUCAAUACGCUAUCAUGUUAUUCUGUGGCAUCAUUAUGUACCGGAGAACUAAAGGGAAAUUAACGAAUGCGUCGACUUGCUACGAGCGAUUGCAGAAACAAAUGUUCGUUGCUCUGAUCUACCAGGUACCUGUCAUCCAUAGAAACUCGAUCUGGUCUUAGUCCGUUUCAGGUCAGCGCCCCUUCACUCAUUUUCCAUCUGCCCGGAAUGUUCGUUCUUCUCGCUCCUUUCUUCGACUUCAAGUUCAGUUUUCACUCGAGAAUCGUCGUCUACGGCCUGAGCGCCUAUCCCCUUGUCGACUCUCUCAUUCUUCUCCGAGUCAUUUCAGAGUACAAGAUCGCCUACAACAGUAAGCUUUCAGAAGUUUCCAUUCACAUGCAUUGCUUACAGGACUUUUCGCUUGGAUCAUUAAAGAUGUUAUAAAAUGUCUUGGAGGAACUCCUCCGAGUGACCGGCAACAGUCUCAAACGUCAAUUUCUUUAACAGCAUGAUUUUACGAUUCAUAAAUACUCAUUCAUUAAAAGAAACAGAACUUGUAGCGUUUUAUGGUUAUCGGCAGGAUCAGAGGACAAUUAUUGUAAGUUUGUCUGAUUCUUCACCGAUCGCAAGAAAUGUUGCCGAUGUCUGCAAUUCAAAUCACAAGACGUUCUCUUUUGUCUCCUCCUUCCACAAGACUCUGCAACCUCUGGAUAAUCUGCUUGCGUAAUUUCAGUCUCUUUUCAGCGUUCUUUUCUCCUUUCCUUUUCAGAUCCUUUCAAAGAGCAAGCUCGUGAGGUUAUAAAGGUUUGCAGAGGGUUGGUUCUCUGGAGCCGUUCUUCCCGAUUUCUCACUUGCUCCAAAUAUAACCGCGUGCACGAAAUCAUGAGUGUUCCGUCCUGCACCCGUGCCAUUCUCACACUUUGCCCUUACGCAGCAGAGAAAGUAUUUAGGUGGCGCAGAAACGGAAAAAAUGCACCGGAGAGAUCUGUGUUGUUGAGUACUUUUGUUUAUUCAAUAAUAUCCCUAAGGCUACAUACGAAAAACACCGGGCGUGUAGGCCGCAAAACUGCCAAUUAUGUGUUUUUUCAUGUGAGCAUGUAUAACUGCUUCUCCAUAUUUGAAUCGGAGGAGGAACUAAAAGUACUCUUCUAACUUCUAGACUUACAGUAUCUGAGGUAAACUGAGGUAAACGUGCUUUUGAGUAUUGUUUGUUUCUCUUCUGAAACCACUGGGACUAAAGUUGCGCGCCAAUCGCCGUCGCGACAAUCAACUCAAUCCAAUUCAACUCAAAUCAGCCUCUGAUCGCUCUUUACUCACUUCCUUCUCACUUUUCGCAACAUUUUCGCCCGUUUUAGAGCAGGAAAUAAUGGCUCUGGAAGACUCGAUCCACGGACUGAAGGAGUACAAAGCCUUCAACUACUACUUCACGUUCUCCACGCUCAUCGCCAUGUGCCCGUUCUUCUACAUGAUUCCCACUAUCACUGUGAUGUUGCGGAUCUGCAAAACGUACAUGACGGCCAAGAAUCAGCCCAUGGACAGGCACAUAUUCAUGUGUCUGGCACUCAACUUUUUGUUCGUAAGUACACCCCCGGAUCAUCGAAAUUUCAAUAGUCCUUGCAGAGCAUUUCGUUCUUCCUCUUUGAUUAUAUCCGUCUCUCGCUGCCAUCCACCGGCCUCUUCACUUCCUGGUGUGCCGGCAUCGAGCCCAAUCACCACUUCAAAAUCAUCUUCCUCAUCACGUUCUUCUCCAACUAUUGUGUCCUUCUCCUUCCGUUCUUUCUAUGCGUUAUCAGACUUACAAUACUACUCCGUCCGCGGGACAAUUCAUUUGUAAUACUUCAAACUAUCAUCAAAAAGAAAACAACCCAGAUUCAGAUUUGCCCGAAGAUCAUGAUGGUAGCUAUUCCACUUCUCAUUAUAAUUCCAUUCGGAUGCACUGCUUUCAUGAUUCCCGCCGUGGGAUAUUGUCGGAAAAUGGGGCCGCCGCUCGAGUUCGGUGCCAUUUACAUCUACUAUUCGGGAGGAUGGUCAGGGGUAAUCAAGGAAUUCCAGAUCCGGAAGUAGUUUGGUGAUUUUCAGUGGCGCAACUCGUACAUUCACCUUUUCAUGUCCGUCAUUAUGUGCUCCUUAACUAUUGCCGGCUCCGUGGUAAUGUUAUUAAAGCUCAAAAAAGUUACCUCCGCUGCGAAUACUACGUAAGUCGUCUGAUCUGUGUUUUGAUGAAGUUGCACUUGAUUCUUGACUUUAGAUCCGUCAAAACCAAAAAAGCGUCUUCUCGGGCGGAAAAUUCUCUAACGAUCACUAUGAUCGCUUCGAUGAUACCUUUCAUCAACAACACUGUGCUCACGGUACUAUAGUUGCUCAUCUGGAAGAAAACGACGACUUUGAAUGGUUUCAGAUAGUCUACCUAACAUUCCCUGACUAUGUCUACUACCUGAUGAUCUUCCGUCCGUUCGGAAACGACAUCGAAACUGUCAUGAUGCCCUGGAUCCUCUACCUGACACAUCCGAUGUUCCAGACAUCGGAACGGAGGAUCAGCAGUGUCUCCACCGUCUCCAUAAUCAUACCGAAAAGCUCUGCCAUGUAA